AUGAUGCCCUGUACUUAUAUAUUAUCCUUAUUAUGUACUCUGCCCCUUAUACUCAUAUUUUAUCCUUAUAUUAUCUUUAUACCUUAUACUCAUAUUAUAUCUAUAUAUUAUUCUUAUACCUUACACUCAUAUCAUAUCCUUAUACCUUGUACUCAUAUUAUAUCUAUAUAUUAUCCUUAUAUUCAUAUCAUGUACUCAUAUUCUAUUCAUAUAUUAUCCUUAUAUUAUACUCAUAUAUUCUGCUUCUUUAUACUUUCUUAUAUUUCUGUAUACUACUAUAAUAUAAUAUUAUUUUAUUUUAUUUCGGGUUAUAUCGGGUUUAAACAAAUCUUAUUUAUAUUUGGGUUAUAUCUUAUACUAAUUAAUACUUAA